CUGCACUACGGGACCCUCAUGGGCAGCAGAGCUUGUGUCAGAAUGGCAGCAGCUGCCUGGGCCAGUGGUUUUCUCAAUGCUCUCCUACACACUGCUAAUACAUUUUCAAUACCACUCUGCCAAGGCAACACAGUGGACCAGUUCUUCUGUGAGAUUCCCCAGAUCCUCAAGCUCUCCUGCUCAGACGCCUACCUCACGGAAGUGGGUCUUAUUGUGGUUACUCUUUGUUUAGCCUUUGGGUGUUUCAUUUUCAUUGUGCUGUCCUACGUGCAGAUCUUCACAGUCAUGCUGAGGAUCCCCUCUGAGCAGGGCCAGCACAAAGCCUUUUCCAUGUGCCUCCCGCACCUGGCUGUCGUCUCCCUGUUUGUCAGCACUGGCAUGUUUGCCUACCUGAAGCCCCCUUCCCUCUGCUCCCCAGCUCUGGACCUGGUGGUGACUGUUCUGUACUCGGUGGUGCCUCCAGCAGUGAACCCCCUCAUCUACAGCAUGAGGAACAAGGAGCUCAAGGAGGCACUAAGGAUACUGGUUCAAUGGGUCCAAUGUCAGCACCAAUAA